CAAGAAGAGCGAUCAGAAAGGCAGGAAGGGAAGUUGAGGCCAGGAGCAAACACCCAGAAAGAGACAUACCCUAGGAAGUUGGACCAUAAGCAUAACUUAGAGGUUUUACAGGAACAAAUAACUACACCAGAUGCCCUGCAAGAACAUGGUUCCCAGGAACCAGGAAAAGACCCUGUCACUGAUACAAGGAGCACCCUCUAUGAGUGCAAGGCAUGCGGAAAAGGGUUUAGCAAGAACUGGGCCCUGGUCCGGCACAAGCAGAUUCAUACCGGGGUAAAACCCUAUGAAUGCAGUGAAUGUGGGAAAGCCUGUCGCUACAUGGCAGACUUUACUCGCCAUAUGAGGCUUCACACUGGGGAAAAGCCAUAUAAGUGUAUGGCAUGUGGGAAGGCCUUCAAACGCAGGUCUCACCUCACAGAACACCAGCGCGUUCACACUGGAGAGAAGCCCUACGAGUGCCAAAAGUGCAGCAAAGCUUUCACUCACCGUUCAUCUUUCAUCCAGCAUAACAUGACCCACACAGGAGAAAAGCCCUUUCUGUGCAAAGUCUGUGGGAAAGCUUUCUACUACAGCUCUUCCUUCGCUCAGCACGUGCGGAUCCACACCGGAAAGAAACUCUAUGAGUGCCAUGAGUGUGGAAAGGCCUUCACUCAUCGUUCCACGUUUAUCCAGCAUAACAUGACCCACACAGGAGAAAAGCCCUUUCUGUGCAAAGAAUGUGGGAAAGCUUUUUGCGUUAACUCAUCCUUCACUCAGCACAUGAGGAUUCACACUGGAGAGAAACCCUAUGGAUGCAGUGAAUGUGGAAAGGCCUUUACCCACCAUUCCACUUUUAUCCGGCAUAAGAGGACUCAUACUGGAGAGAAGCCCUUUGAGUGCAAAGAAUGUGGGAAGGCCUUUUGUGACAGCUCUUCCUUAAUUCAGCACAUGAGAAUCCACACUGGUGAGAAGCCCUAUCAGUGCCAGCAAUGUGGAAAGGCCUUUACACACCACUCUGUUUUUAUCCGGCAUAAUGGGACCCACAGUGGAGAAAAACUCUUGGAGUGUAAAGAAUGUGCAAAGGCCUUUUACUAUAGCUCUUCCUUUAUUCGACACAUGAGGAUUCAUACAGGAGAGAAGCCCUACGUAUGCAGAGAAUGUGGGAAGGCCUUUACCCAGCCUGCAAACUUUGUUCGGCAUAGUAGGGUCCACACAGGAGAGAAACCCUACAAGUGCAAGGAAUGCCAGAAGGCCUUUUGUGACAACUUUGCCUUAACUCAGCACAUGAGAACUCACACUGGAGAGAAACCCUUUGAGUGUGCAGAAUGCGGAAAAGCCUUCAGCCACAGUUCAUCUUUCACUCAUCAUCGAAAGAUUCAUACCAGUUUGAAAGAUUAGGAAGGCCUUUGCAAAUGUGUUCACCUCACUCAAUUUCAGUGAACUCAUACUGGUGAAAGACCUUUCCUUUUGAACCUA